GCGGGGAGAGAAAAUCAUUAGAUUCGCUCAUGCCCCGUGAAUUCCCCGCCCCCGGGAGUCUGCGUGGAUAUCUGACAGGCGAGCGCGCGCUAACCAACCACUCGCAACACCCGUCUGAACCAUGUUCUCUAUCGGAAUAACAUAAACAAUUGUGCUUUUUCAACAAUUUUCACUUAUGACGCGACAUAAUGUUAAUCUCAGUGAAACGUUUAAGAUCGAGGAUAAGAUCGAGAGCAUUCGUUUAUUUAAGAUGUGGUGCGAAGACCGCAGCGUUUUUGUUUUGGGCUACUCUUUACAUGGCUGUUAUGAAAAUGACUAUAUUCAAAAGCAGUGUGAACACACCUCCGGUGAAGGAUUGGUCUGCUUUACCUGAUAAUUACAGCAUGUGGCUGUUUCAGAGUCAAACCAAAGAAGAGUUGGAAACAAAUGGAGAUAAUGUGUGGUUGGCGCCAGAUAAUGCCACUUUUAUAGAACUGGAUCAGCGUUUAGACAAAGUGCAAGAGGUGUGUCGUAUGAGGAACCUUUUCACACAAAAAAUUAAUAACAAAGAGUUCUUUGUUGACCAAAAACAUCGACUCGUGUGGUGCAACAUUUUCAAAGCUGCUAGUUCUUACUGGCUGUAUUAUUUUAAUAUUUUGGGAGGAUAUGAUAAGAAGUUUUUGCAGAAAAGUAAGUCACAACCUUUGAAUUUAGCGAGAAAGAAAUUCCCUCGGCCCAGCGCAGACGAUCUAAAGGCUGCUCUGAAGACACCGGGCGUAUUGUCACUUCUGGUGGUGAGGGAGCCUUUCGUAAGGCUGCUGUCGGCUUACAGAGAUAAACUGGAGAUCCAAAUUAAGCCAUUCUAUAGGAAAUUGGCGAAAUCGAUUAUUUCAAAAUAUCGGCAAACCACAAUCGCUCUUUUCGGGAAGCCUAAAUUGUCUGGACCGACAUUCUACGAGUUUGUUCAAUAUUUGAUAGAUCAGAAUAAGAGUCCAGGCUAUGAGUUCAACGAACACUGGGCUCCGUAUUAUCAGUUUUGUUCACCUUGUGCAGUAAACUUUAGCGUGAUUGCCAAGGUGGAAACAUUAGAUAAAGAUUCUAUGUAUGUAAUACAACAAUUACAGCUCGGCAAAGUGUUAGAUGUUAAAGUUGGUGAACGAAGAAGGAAGCAACGUUAUCUAAUGAAUUUAUCUCGCGAUGGUAAGAAUACCACUGCAUUGUUAAAGCAUUACUUCAGUCAACUUGAUGAAUACAUGUUAAACGAUUUGUUAAAAAUAUAUGGUGUUGACUUUGAAAUGUUCGGAUAUGAUGCGGAUAUCUAUAAAAGUUAUGUUAGAAAGCCUCAAUUAAAAGUUUAA